AAGCCUUCAACUUACCUUCAGGAAAUAAAAGCCAAACCUAAUAAUCCUGCAAUGACAAGUUGCAAAGUUCUUGAAGUUCAUACAAAAGAUCAAACUCCACAUAAAUGGAGUGUUUCAUUAACUGAAGAAGUGUAUAAAAGAUUUUGCUCACAAGGAAAUCAAAUUGUGCAGAAGAUAUUCCGCGACGGAUCACUCUUUAGUCCAUUGUUGUUUGGCAAGUUUUUCGAUCCUUCAGAUGCAUUUCCAUUGUGGGAAUUCGAGUCUGAUGUCUUAUUAUCUAGUCUUCGAAGCUCCGGCAAGACUAAUGUUGAUUGGUUCCAAACAGAUGAAGCUUAUGUAUUAAAAGCAGACCUACCAGCAGGAGUUGGGAUAAACACAGUGCAAGUGUAUGCAGAAAAUGGGAAGAUUGUGGAAAUUAGUGGGCAAUGGAACCAACAAAGGGAGACAAAAGCAAAAGAUUGGAGAAGUGGGAAUUGGUGGGAGCAUGGUUAUGUCAGAAGGCUUGAGCUGCCAGAAGAUGCAGAUUGGAGAAAAAUAGAGGCAUAUUUGAACAAUGAUAUAUUUCUAGAAAUAAGAAUCCCCAAGAACUCUGUGGAUUGUGAAGCUAAUGACAGUACUGUAGCCAAAAAUUCUGAUUCAGUGUAAAUUUGAUAUUAGAAUAAAAGACAUGUAAAAAAAAACAAAGCAUGUUAGUUCUAACAUUAUGAAAUCUUGUACAUCAUUUUAAUUAGUAUGGACCUUGUAAGAACAUAUUUUAGUUCACACUUGCCCCAGAAAGGGAAAUGGUCAUUCAUCCAAGAUUUAGCCAUAA